AUGAUGAUUCAAGUUUACCUAAUCUUAUGGAUAGUGCUGCCACUCUCAGCUCAGAUCCUUGAACUGAAGCCUGGGAAAGUAUUGGGCUUUGACUAUGAGACAAAGAAAGGAGAUAUCGCAGAAGUUUUUCUCAAUAUACCUUACGCAUCUCCACCCGUGAACGAGCUUAGAUUCGAGAAAACAAAGCCUAUAGAACAGUGGAAGGACAUUCGUAAUGGCACAACACUUGGUCCCGCAUGUCUGCCAGUACUACCUGGUGUUGGCUAUGGUGUAGCCCCCACCAGUGAGGAUUGCCUCACCCUCAAUAUAAUCCGACCUAAGAAAAAGCCUCCUCCAUCAGGCUUUGCUGUUCUGUUCUAUGUUCAUGGUGGCGGCUAUCAAUUCGGUUCUGCACACGACUAUGGGUACAAGGGCUUCGCAGACAUUUAUACGCCUCAGGACGUCAUUGUUGUAAUCAUACAGUAUCGCCUCGGAGUUUAUGGAUUCUUUUCUACUGGAGAUGAACGCAUGCCAGGGAAUUUAGGAUUAUUUGAUAUGGCAGAGGCGCUUAAGUUUGUGCACUCCAAUGCUGAUAGAUUUGGAGGCGAUUUAUCUCGAAUAACAGUUUGCGGACAAAGUUCAGGUGGUGCUGCUGCCGGUCAGCUAAUCCUCAGCCCCAUAACCAGAGAUUACGUUUUUGGAUCUAUUGAGAUGUCUGGCUCGCCCUGGGCGGUUUACGCAAUAGGACCAUUUGUGACCGAAACUUCACUUAAGUUAGCGAAGGUAAAAUUGUACAAAGUGUUCAAUAUAAUAAAAAGGCGAACACCAAUUAACCCUAACUAGGU